GUUGGACUAUAAUAGUUUGGCUAAGUUGUGUAGCUCUCACUUGGAGCACGACAUAGCGUUUGCAGGACAGUGAAGGGAGGGCAAUUUGUGUUUCAAUAUCUGUGAGACGACUGGCAGCUCACUGGCUUUAAAUUUGCUAACUGAACUGCUAGCUGUCGGUCCAAGUGUCAUGUGCAAGUGAUUCACUUGUCUUACUGGGCUCGCUUUGCGCGUCAUUCAGAAUCCUUCGAAUUCUUGUCUAUAGUCAAUAGUGAGAUGUGAUUCGACAACAAAAGUUUGUUUGUAUUGUUUUGCUUUCUAGGAUGGAGAAUGGUGAUGGCAGCAGUCUGCGCUCCCGCCACCGAAACCUUGCCCAAAUGCCCACAUUGUCUGACCCGGAUAGCCCAGUGAAUGGCCAGUGUAGCCUAGAAGGGGAUCAGAAUCAGUCCAUUGGAGACAAUCACAUCAGCAGCAGUGGGAAAAUUGAGGUGGCGCAAAUGAUCAGCAAGAAGCUACAACUGAAAAGGAAAGCAGAGUACCUGAAGAAGGACCUGAUGCACGAAUUUGACAACCAGGUCAGUGACUUCAUGGACAGUCUUAUUGAGGAGUCGACUAGAGUGGAGGCUGCACCCAUGCCUGCUGUCUUCUCACCCCCUCUGUCAGACGGGGAGAGAAGCAGACUUGGUUUGGCCAUGUGUUCCUCCAGGCAUUUCCGACCUCCUCACGGCGAGGGCAAGCAGUUUGUCAGCCGCAGGUCCCUUCUUGAUGAGCUCUUUGAGGUGAACCACAUCCGGACUAUCUACCACAUGUUUAUUGCCCUGCUCGUUCUUUUCAUCCUCAGUACAUUGGUGGUUGAUUUCAUCGAUGAAGGCAGACUGGUGCUAGAUUUUGACCUGCUGGUCUACGCAUUUGGGCAGUUCCCACUGGUGGUGUGCACGUGGCUCUUUAUGUUCCUUUCAGUUUUAGUGGUUCCCUAUCCCCUGUUCAAGCUGUGGACGCAGAGUCAGUCUGGCUCUUCCGGUCACCGCAGGCUUUACAGUUUUCUGUUUGGCUCCACGUUCCUUCUCUAUCAAGCUUUGGGCCUUGGAUUUUUACCCACAUAUGUGGUUGUGGUCAACAGUUUGCCGCCAGCCUCGUGUUUCAUUGUCAUCUUGGAGCAGGUGAGACUCAUGAUGAAAGCCCACUCUUUUAUAAGAGAGAAUGUCCCAAGAGUUCUGGCCUGGGCUAAAGACAAGUCCAGCCCAACCCCAGUAGUGCCUCUUGCUUCUCAAUAUCUCUACUUUUUGUUUGCCCCUACGCUUAUCUACAGAGAUAAAUAUCCAAGGAGCCCAAUGAUCAGAUGGGGCUAUGUGGCCACAAAGUUACUCCAGGUACUAGGCUGUCUGUUUUAUGCGUACUAUGUGUUUGUGCGGCUCUGCAUCCCUCAGUUCCGCAGCAUCAGCCUUCAGUUUUUUGACCUGAGGGCCAUGGUCCUUGGCGUGUUUAACUCCAUCCUCCCUGGAGUGUUGGUUCUUUUCUUGGGUUUCUUUGCCUUCCUCCACUGUUGGUUGAAUGCAUUUGCAGAGAUGCUUCACUUUGGCGAUAGGAUGUUCUAUAAGGACUGGUGGAACUCAACAUCUUUUGCCAACUACUACCGUACUUGGAAUGUCGUCGUUCAUGACUGGCUGUUUCACUACGUGUACCGGGACUUCCUUUGGGUCUCCCAGAAGCGUUUCCGAACAGCAGCCAUGUUGUUUGUGUUUACAUUGUCUGCAGUUGUCCACGAGUAUAUCCUUGCAAUCUGCUUCGGCUUCUUCUAUCCAGUCCUCUUCUGCCUGUUCAUGUGCUUUGGAAUGAUGUUUAACUUCAUCCUCCAUGAUCAAAGAAAAGGUCCCAUCUGGAAUAUAAUCAUGUGGACUUCCCUCUUCUUGGGACACGGCGUAAUCAUCUGUUUGUACUCCCAGGAGUGGUAUGCCCAACGCUACUGCCCUCUAAAAGAGCCCUCCCUGCGAGAGUUACUGCAGCCUCGGUCAUGGACUUGCCAGAAAAGGGUGAUGACCAAUUAACUGGCUGUGACCUGGACUGCAACUCUGACGUGAUCUCAUUGACUAUCCUUUCUGUUACUGUCCUAAGUUUUGGUGUCGACUGUUUUUCUUUGUUUAUUGCACUAAUGUUACUACUGAAUUGUCAUAAGAAUGUAUGGAAAAGAUUCAACAAGUCUUUAUUCCCCAUGCGAACAGGUGCCUUACUUAUAUUUUCUGUCUAUAUAUAUAAAAUUAUAUAUAUAUAUAUAUUAUGCACGCGUUAUUUUACACAUGAAUUUCCCCAUCCUUUUGACUUGAUCAACUGUGAGGUUACAUCUCGUGUCAAUAUUAGAGGACAAGUCAUCAAUGUGGACAGUCAUUAUGUACAAAUCAUUCACACAUGAAGUAAUAGUUAAUAUUUAACAAAGCCAGCAAUUGCAUCCGAAUCAUAACGGUCAUUUGGUUUCUUUGGUAUUUCGCAUUUCACAUUUCAAGGUAGUUGGGCUCUUCGAUCAUUCAAAUGGCAUAUUAUAAAAAGAAAUAUCAAGAUAAUAUAUUCUGUGUCAACUAUGUAUUCUAUAUAACUUGAACUGGCUUGGCCAGAUAUUGUGCAUGAUUGAGGUUUUUUUUUUCUUUGGGACCAAAAUGAGAUUUUUCCUCAACAUACUGUACUUGAACGAAUUAUAUGCAAUUCUUUCAGCUAUGUGGCUGCAGUCUGUGUAAAAUGUUUAAACACUUGAAUAAUAUUGAUGGUGACUCGGUACUAAGGGCAAAUUUAUAGAAUGAGUCCUUUGAAUGCCGGCAUGGUGUUGUUCCAUGUUGGUAAAUUCUGUGCUUUAAUUUGAGAAUUUACCAUCGGAGUGGACAUUUCUUAUCGACGUGAUACAAUCAUUUGUUUCAUGUUUAAUGUUGCUAAUUGUAAUGGAUUUCAAUGCAGGAAGGAUGUAUGUGACUGUAAAUAAUUAGAUCUAUUCAUCUCUAAGUUUGAAAAAUAGCAACGCAAGCCUUGCUGAGCAUUAUUUGAACACAUGCGUGUCGCAGUAUUAAAGAUUUGUAUCCGCUGUGUUCAUGAAUACC